AUGCACAAUCGUUCGAACGAUCGUGCCGCUUUUGCGUUCGCGCAACUUGAGAACGAACGUUCGACUCGUUCUCUUCGUGACGAGCUGGCUGUAGUUCGUCGAGUAAUCGCUCAACUGCGUGAACCGGUCACUUCGCUAGUCGACCAGACUGGCUCGUUAAAACGGGACUACUCGAAGGUGGUCUCGGCUCUCGACUUCGGAGGUGUUCUUCGCAUCUCGAAACGGGCUCGUACGGAUAGUACGGGCGGAGGCGACCGACGUAAAACGUAG